AUGGCACCAACGCUUCCCGCGUUUGCGGCGUUUCCUGAAGCCCCAUGGCGAGAUCAUAUCGUACCGGUGGAAUGGGAAGCUUGUCUCUCUUUAUGGGUUUCUCUGGCCGAAGCACAUUUGUCAUUACCACAAGACGAAUUUCGGAAGAUAUCUACCAAAGAUGAAUCGCUCAGCCAAUUCUUGGUCGUGUUCACACGGGAGACCGCCCGCUCUAGUAUCAGUAUCUUGGGGUCAUCCGAGUCGGCAGCGGUGCUUUUGAGGCAUGGGUAUCUUCUCACGACAAGACUUCUCAAAUCUCCCGGAGCACCUUCUAUACUUCUGCAGUGGGAAUUUUUGUCGGAUUUUAGCAGGGUCUAUGGAAAGAAGAGGACAUCUUCUGUGCUCGUGGACGUGUUCGAGAAGCACCCAUUGCCGCUGGAAACGUCACUUCAUGGGAUCAAGAAAUCCCUCAUUCUUGCACUGGACUCGGGAAUUAAGGGUGAUUUACGCAUACCCGAAGACCGAUUGAAGCACCUGAAUCAUUUGAUCUAUACAUCGCCGGACACAGCGGCUUUUAUGAUGGCUGGAGAUGACUUCGCCGACGGCUUGGUUAGUUGCUACAAGAUCAUGAAUCCACCGCUUCGAAAGACUAUUAUUGCCACGGCAUAUCUGUGUCUCAUUGGACUGACCGAAGGCCCAUCACCAAAAUACUCAACCCUCAUAGACCAACUUUACUCGCUCAAGGCAGCAGCCGAUUCCCACAAGGUUGGUCCGACGAGUAGCAAUGACUCCAUGGUAGCUGAACUGGUCACUUCCACACCACUUCUCAAGCUCGUACAACAUCGACUUGAAUUAUCCGGAUCGACCACAACCCGUUUGAAGUCGGUCAUCACAGGUUUGGAGAGUUACAAAAAGCCUGGUGGUAAUAUUCGACCCAAACGACUCGUGAAGCGAAAGAUCGACAAGGGCAAAGGCGUUGUGGAUGGCGAGGACUAUGAAGAGAUCGGAGAGUUGAGGAUUCAUCAAAUGAGCCAGAUUUCCCAAAUACACGAUCUAUUUCCAGAUCUUGGCUCCGGUUUCAUCUCUAAACUUCUAGACGAAUUUCGAGACGGUACGGAACAAGUUAUCGCACAUCUGUUGGAAGACGAUUUGCCACCACAUCUGGCCUCGGCAGAUCGGAAACAGGAACUGUCACCUGAGAGAACUAGAAGGCGGAGGAGCAGUCUUGCGCCCAGAGCUACACCUCCCUUGCUCCCCACACGCCAUAAUGUCUUUGAUGACGACGAACUUGACAAUCUUUCCCACAACAUAGAUAACCUCCACUUUGGCAAAAGAAACCCUGAGAAGACGGCGGAUGAUAUGCUCAAAGAUCGAUCAACAGCACCAAAUAAGGCCGCAAUUCUAUCGGCUCUUUCCGCAUUUGACGCAGAUGAUGAUGAGCGGGACGAUACUUAUGAUGCAGCUGAUGCCGGAUUCACGGUGAACGAUGCACUAGCUGAUGAUGCGGACGAUCAGAAACGGAAGGAUAUUCAUGAAGAGACUUUGUUCAGAGCAUUCAAGGCCGACCCUAAAUUGCUGGGCAGAGAUUCGGAGACGCGGCGGAGUAAUUACCGAACGAAACUCAAACAAGACACGGGAAUGACGGAUGAAGCCAUUGAGGGCUGGGCAGUAAUGCUCAAUCGUAAUCCGGCGCAGUUAAAGUCUUUGGAGUUGAAGUACAGUGCAGCAGGAUCUUUCACAGGCGGCCAAACAGCACUCGCACCGACAUCAUGGCGUGCAAGCGCCGACUCCGGCGCUGAAGAGUCUGGACAAGAAGCUGGAGGUUCUAAUCGUGGUGGCUUCCGUGGUCGAGGAAGAGGUAGAGGACGUGGUGGUGGUCGUGGCGGCAGCGCAGCAGGCCCCACUGGUGAAAAGAGCACGGAGAACGCUCGCAAAAACAAAGAGGCCAACAAGUCAUCACGUGCGAAUCACAAUCGGCGCGAUGGCCGAGCGAAGAAGAUGGCGCGAGCUGGGUUUCCUGGUUAG